UAGGGGGCGGGCUUACCAGGGGCUCUUAAGGUCAGGGCAGCCCCGGCUCGCCCCUUUUCCUUCUCACAGCAGCUGCGGUUUUUUAGCUGCGGUUUGGAUUUUCUUUUGCAUUGCUUCGUUUUUUAUUUCGCUUCCGCUGAGAGGGCUUUCUUCCCCGCAGCUUAUUUCUCCCCCUUACUUGCUGGUGCGCUAAAGCCGCUCUUGAGAGGCGCGCAGCGCUUCCAGCCCUCACCCCCCUUCCUUCCUGAUUCACCGGCUAGCAAGCUCUUGUUGAAUACCACAUGGGGAGCUGGGUGCACACGGCCGACAAGCAGCCUCCGCCGAGCGGACACCCUCUUGAGCCGCAGGGAUCUACAACAGCGCUAGAUCGGCAGAGCCUCCACUGCCGCAUAUUGCUUCCUGCGACCCUCAAACAGCAGCGCUUGGGCUGCGUCAGGGCACACAAAGGUUUGUUUUUGCAACAUCGGUUUGUGGCGAGGGCUGCUUUAUUCCUUUAUCGGUCGGGAGUCAGCGGUGUCGGUGUUGUACGUAUCUGGAUCUUUGGCCACAGCAUCGUCCACUGGGCAAGAAUGCGGGCGGUUGCCAGGGGCUUUGGCGGCGAUCUCCAGCUCCUGAGCAAUGUUGUAGUUUCCUGGAUAGCACGUCGGGGAAUGCGUUGGGAGGAAUUUUUCCCAACUUUAUCAAAUAAAAUUGCAGCGCAGGGCCCACCCAAGGCACUCGUCAUCCAAUUGGGCGAGAACGACCUGGCUUACAGAAAGGGGGUGGACUUAAUGUGGAACAUUUUCAAUGACCUGGAGGAGCUGCGGGCCUCCUAUCCAAAGCUUACAAUUAUAUGGUCAUCUUUGCUGGAAAGGCGCUGCUGGGGGGAUGCCACUAAUCCCGUGGCUGUGAGUAGAGCCAGAAGGAUCUUGGAGCGCUCGGUGGCGCGUAGAGUGGCUGCAAUUGGUGGGCGAGUCAUUGAGCACCCAGGCAUUCAAUUCAGCAAGGAAGCACUCUACCGCGGGGAUGGCGUGCAUCUCUCCGAUGCUGGGCCUGCUGCUUCAGACAGGUAUGCAGGAAAACGUGCCAUCGUUCAGUGAAGCCACAUAAGACAAGGAGCCAGUGCAACAGAGUAGUCCUCAUUGCAGAUCUUCCUCCUUGGCACCUCAACCCAGAAUGCAGAAUCCCAGAUUGAUCUAAAAAUCAGUUCCUUUGGACCCCACCCACCAACAUAUCUGAGGACCUUGAUGCUUAUGGAUUCAGUUCAGCUCCAGGUUUUUAGGGCGGGGGAUUGGGGGUUGGGCAGGAAGCCUUGAUUUCAUGCACAAGUCCACUCUGCCCCCCAUCCCAAAAGGCUCUGGAGGGGUUGAAUUGGAGCCCAUUUCAGGGAAAGAACAUGCAUAGCCAUAACCACAUAACUUGAACCUACACAUUACAAUAGUGGUGGAAAGAGGAGCUUAACAGAAUCUGUAUGACAUCAAGCAAUCUACACACUCCUUACUGUACAAUCCUACAUAGGAAACUAUCCUUAAUAUAACUGCAAAUAAUGAAACAUUCUUUGUUUUAAUUUCUGUUGUGUAACCGAUGAUCAAAGUAUUGAUUGAUUACCAGAAUGAUGGGAAAGGGUAUUAAUAACUUUGAUGUUUUCAUUUCUUUUCGGCCUUGGCACUCUUUGCUAUAAUCGCAUAUAACACAAGUGUAAUGCAAGGAAUAAAACAUUCUUUGUUUUAAUUUCUAAAGUAUAAGCAAUCAAUUGUGGCAAGAGGAGAAAAGCUUUUAAAAAACUUCAAUUGAUGUUUUGUUUUCACAUAAUUAAUAAAGAGGGCAUUGCACGGCACAUCGCUCCCUUAUGUAUUUUUUCUUAAAUGUGUCAUUUCCGUCCUUGAAUUGUGAACAUGCCUCCUGCUCGCCUGGCAGAGAGAUGUGUGAUUGCGGAAAAUGUCAGAGGUUUGCAGCAGAGUUCAUUCAGUGUGUAAUUUAAGGGUUAACUCUGUUAUGAGUAAAGUCAGCAAACCGAGAUGGUGGUGGUGGAGGCAUUGCAUUCCUUAGGCCAGCCUAUCCAGACAUGUAGCUACUGAUGUGUUUGAAUGUCUUUUCCUGUUAACCUUAUUAUUCUUUUAAAAAAAAUAAAUUAUUUUCAA